ACUAUCUCGCCCUGGUUCUCUUGACCCAGAGCAGUUCUUUACUUUCUCGGGAAACAAACGGGAUGAAAGUCCAGGGCUGGGACUUCCUCCCUGGUGUGUUUGACAAGGACUGACGUACGCUAGGCCCUUUGAAUCCCGGAAGUCCAGAACACACCCAACCUUGAUUACAGUGUCCAGAAUGCUGGAGCGGAGGUAAAAGGACAAAAGCCAGACACAUUUCAACAUGAGGGACCCACUGACAGAUUGCCCGUAUAAUAAAGUAUACAAGAACCUAAAGGAGUUUUCUCAAAAUGGAGAGAAUUUCUGCAAACAGGUCACAUCUGUUCUUCAGCAAAGCUGUGUCAGCAGCGCCUGGGCCUGGGCCUCGGAGGGAAUGAAAUCCACAGCAGAACUCCAUCAGAAACUUGGCAAAGCAAUUGAAUUGGAAGCAAUAAAACCGACAUAUCAAGUCCUAAAUGUACAAGAGAAGAAGAGAAAAUCACUUGACAGUGAAGUUGAAAAGACAGCAAAUCUUGUCCUUAGCAACUGGAAUCAGCAAAUUAAGGCCAAGAAGAAAUUAAUGAUUAGUACCAAGAAACAUGAAGCACUUUUCCAGCUUGUAGAAAGCUCCAAGCAAUCUGUGACUGAGAAGGAGAAGCGGAAGCUCCUCAAUAAACUGACAAAAUCAACUGAGAAGUUGGAAAAGGAAGAUGAAAUUUACUACCAAAAAAAUAUGAUGGGUUAUUCUACCAGACUGAAAUGGGAAAACACUCUAGAAAACUGCUACCAGAGCAUUCUGGAGCUGGAGAAGGAAAGAAUUCAACUCUUAUGCAAUAACUUAAACCAGUACAGCCAACAUAUUUCUCUCUUUGGUCAAACCCUGACCACAUGCCAUUCACAGAUUCACUGUGCCAUCAGCAAGAUAGAUGUUGAAAAAGAUAUCCAGGCUCUAAUGGAAGAAACUGCAACUUUGUCUACAGAAAACAAAUCUGAGUUCCUAUUAACAGAUUAUUUUGAAGAAGAUCUUAACAAUGCAAUGGAUAAAGAGAGACGAAAGUCUUUAAUAAAACCAAAAUUAUUGAGACUGCAGAGAGACAUUGAAAAAGCCUCAAAAGACAAGGAAGGCCUGGAACGAAUGCUUAAUACGUACUCCAGCAACUCCUCCUUCUCCGAUGCAAAGAGCCAGAAAGACACUGCAGCGUUAAUGGAUGAGAACAAUUUGAAACUAGACCUAUUGGAAGCAAACUCCUACAAACUGUCAUCAACAUUAGCAGAACUUGAGAAAAGACCACAGCCCAGCCAUCCUUGUAGUAACUCCAUCUUCAGGUGGAGGGAGAAGGAGCAUACUCAUAGCUAUGUGAAAAUAUCUCGGCCUUUUUUGAUGAAGAGAUUAGAGAAUAUUGUGAGCAAGGCAUCUUCUGGUGGGCAGAGCAAUCCAAGUUCUUCAGCUCCAGCCCCUGGUGUGGCCCAGCUCAGCAGACUUUGCAAGGCCUUAUAUUCUUUUCAAGCCAGACAAGAUGAUGAGCUGAAUUUGGAAAAGGGUGACAUUGUGAUUAUACACGAGAAAAAAGAAGAAGGAUGGUGGUUUGGAUCUUUGAAUGGGAAAAAAGGCCAUUUUCCUGCUGCUUAUGUGGAGGAGUUGCCUUCAAAUGCUGGCAACCUAGCUACAAAGGCAUAAAAUAAGACUGUGAACAUACCACCUUCACACUCUGUAACUAACUAUACAGUGUGGUGUAAAUAAGAAUAAACUGCUAUUAUCUUUA